GUUUAUUUUGACUUUAACAUCAAAACAUAACCCAAAGUUCUGCGCUAAUAAAUUUAUUAUAUUGUCCAUUAAACAAAAUGUUAAUUAUUUUUCAUUAUUUUGUUAUUUUAGUAUACCAAAUACUAAAAAAUCGACAACGCUUAAAAUCGGUCGACAGUGAUGACAGUGAAAUCUGUGACGAUGAGGUAGAUCUCGAGAAUCUCAUAAAAUUUGACCCUCCGGUUUAUAGACAAAGAUACGAAAGAGUCUACGAAAUUUUAAUAGACCCGAGGUGGAGAAAUAAGAUAUGCAAACUUGCCGAUUUUGGUUGUGCCGAGUUUGGUCUGUUUCAGUUUUUAAAACAUUUAAACUUGAACGAGAUUGUGUUUGUGGAUAUAGACGAAAACUUGUUAGAGGAGAAAAUGUAUCGCAUACAGCCACUUAUAGGAGAUCAGUUAAAGAGACGUACUAGUUCUUUAGCAAUAUCUGUGUGUCUGGGCAGUGUAAGUGAUCCUGAUUAUAGACUCUUAAACACUGAUGUGGUAACUGCUAUUGAAUUAAUAGAACAUCUAUAUCCAGAUACACUAGAUGCCUUUUCCUAUAACAUUUUCUCCAGUAUUAAUCCUAAAUUAGUAAUAAUUACCACUCCUAAUGUAGAAUUUAAUGUAGUGUUUAAUAAGUCAAAUAUAUUUCGUCACCCUGAUCAUAAGUAUGAAUGGACUCGUAAACAAUUUGAAGACUGGUCUGAAAAUAUUGUAACAAGAUUUCCUCAAUACAAAGUUGAAUUUCAUGGCAUAGGAAAAUAUUCCAAUUAUGAAAAUACUGUUGGGUGUUGCUCCCAAAUGGCUUUAUUCAUUAGAAAAGACUUACUAGAUGAACAAUUUGUGCCAUCUGUAGAUCUCAAUACUUGCCUUUGUGAUAUAAACAGUCCUUGUAAAGACAGUGGUAAUGAUCCAAAGUGUCUAUGCCACUGUGUAUGUAAAUUGUGUGUUCCUGACUUUAGUAUUGGAAUUUGUACUUACUGUACCCAUUCUAAAUUGUUCACUAAAACUUCAAAUACAACAGAACUGGGACGUAGAUAUAAUCACAGAGAUUUAGAUUCUGAAAAUUAUUUCAUGUAUAAUGAAAACAGUGAAAAUAACCAUGAAGUUAAUCCUUCAAGAAACAUAUUUUAUAAAUGUAUAGAAAUCAUUAACUAUCCAUAUGAAAUAGACACUAGAUCUGAACAAGAGAGACUGCUUGAUACUCUCAAGUAUCGAAUACAGGCAUUCAGUUUUAUUAACACUAGAUUUUAUGUAGAGGAAAGACUGAGAUGUGAAAUUCCUGUCAUAGAUAUCAUGUAUGGAGAUAUUCAUGUAACAGAAAAAGAAAUAAGCACUUUACUAAAAGAAUCUCAUUACAUAUUAGAACAAUGCAUAAUUCAAGAGACAGGUUUAAGUGAAAACUGCAUCGUAACAGUACCUCGAGAAAUGGAGGAAAUUUCAAGCAGUUCAGAUGUUACUGAGGAAUAUAGUGCAAAAAGCGAAACAACUGAUAAUUUAAAAUUUGAGAACAACAUAAUACCUUUCAUAGACUGGGAUGAUAGCAGUUCAGUUAAGGAAAGUAAAACAACUAAACAAGACAUCAACAACACUGAAGUCCCCAAAUCCAAACCUGAUCCAUUAUUUGACUCGGGAUAUCUUAAUUCUCCCUCUCCUUUAGAAACAACUGCAAAAUUGCUCCAAUUGUCACCUCAGGAUGAUCAGGAAGCACUUGAAACAGAUAAAUUUGAAGACUUAACUCCUACUCCUAGUUUACUAAGUAAAGAUAAUAAAGUUCAUAUGAAGAAAAACGUUCAGAGAGAUAAACUAGUUGUUUCACCAACUGUGGAGUCAAAUAGAGCGAAAAUUGACCCAAACCGAGUGAAUGAGUUGGACAAAUACAGAUAUGUGAGUGGUUCAAAAAACAUGAACAAUCAGGUGAGGCAACAAGAACUUAAGAAGCUUGCUACCAAAGACAAUUCUGUUAAAAAUUCGCUUGUAAAAGAUCCUAUAGCAGGACCUUCUGGUUGGAAAAAAAGUCUGAAUUUUAAGAACAAAGACCAACAAAAUAAGAAAAGCCCCCUUAAGAAAGAUUGUGAACCUACACAUUUGGAUGACGCCAAAAGUAUUACAAACUGCAUAAUACAAAACAGCCUGAAUAAAAUUGAAGUGCAGGAGGAGAGCCCCAAAUCAGAACUCAUAAAAGAUUUAAACAUUGAACAAAACUUAAUACAAGAUGUAGAAGCAUUACUUAUCCCUGAAAAUUUGGAAGCAGUUCCUCACGAAGUUGGUGAAGUUGCGCCUGUUGUGGAGAAUAGUGAUUUGGCAAACAAUAAUAGAGAUAAUGAAGGGAACAAUUUUCCUGCAAUUAUACAAGAUAUAGAUAUUGAUGAAGGAAUAGAUCUGCUAAACGACAAUUUAGAAGAUAUCGUUCCGUUAUUAGAAGAUAAUUUAAACAUGCAGCAUAAUAAUAAUGAUGUGUUAUUAAGAGCUAACAUAGAACCACCGAAUAUUCAAAGAGAGGCCCCAGCUGAACUUGAAAUAUUUGAAAACAUAGAUGAACCAGAACGUCCAGAAGUGCUGGCUAUGGCCAGUAGGGAGGCGUUGUACGAUGUCAAUUCUGAACCAGACAUGCUUGACGAUUUGGACAUCCCUCCUCUGCCUAAUGAAACUCCCAUUUUUGAGACAGUAAAUUUCGGAAAUAAUGUUGUUCUACUUGGUUUUCAGCCUCUUUCCUUAGAAGAUUUAUCGCAGAACGAAGAUAAUGGUCAAGUUUCUGUAGAAACAAAUACUAAUAGGUUUCCGCCGUGGUUAUUACAAAUUUUUGGAUCGCAAGUUAAUCCUGAUGAAGUUUCUAGAGACCCAUUGAUAAAUACUGUUGACGAACCUCACUUUUAUUGCCAGGGUGAUGGAUUAGGUGUUCAUCCUUCAAUUGUGGCCGUGGAAAUUGAUGAAACAGAAGAUGCUGAGGAUUCGUCAGAAGAUUCUUCUUCAAAUAAUACAGCAGAUUAUGCAGAGGUGGAUCCUGGACCUUCAGAAACAUUUGAUAUGAGCAGUUUACCCGAAGAGUCUUCUGCUGUAAAUAGUGUCACGGAUGAUCCAAAUCAGCAACCUGUGCAACCAUCAGAAAGUGCCAUACUGCCUGAAGAGGAAUCGACCGAUGAUAUUACUUCUAGCUACCAUCAGAUAGCGCGCAAGAUACUUGAUGACAUCACGGAAGUCGCCAAAUCGGAAGUCGAAAAGCUGUCAUAUAUACUAUCAUGCACUGAAUGUUCUCCAGAAAGUAGUAGUGUCAUAUUACCAGAACUCUCUGCGGCGCAAGUUUCAGAGGAGGAAGAAACAGAAUUCCACUCUGUUAGUAGUGUAUUUUCUAAUCAGGGUAGUCCAAAGAAAAAAGCCAAAAUGGAUACCAGUGAAAACGAUUCACCAGAAUGUUGUAGUAAUCAAGAGAUAGAAUCUGACAUAUCUGAAAAUUCAUCUGAAUCUAUCAAGGAGAAAAAAUCUUCUACAUAAUUUAUAAGUCAGUAAUUAGAAUUGUAAAACAUGUUUAGGUUUAAAAAUAAUUAUAUUUCUAAAACAGGA